CCCCUCCUUCACAUUCAUUCCCAUGAUGCAACACCAAACAAAGAGGGCAGAGAAAAGACAGUGCAGGCGACAAAACGGCAGCUAGCUAGAGAAAAGUUUUAAACGCCGAAAAUAGGUACAAUUCAAGACGUCCACAGCGUACGGUGUGACUUUAUCGCAAAACGCGGUCAUAAAGUGCCCAUUAUUCCUCGUUUCUGUGGAAAUUGACUUCGUUUCUGCGGUGUUUUUGUAAGUGCAGGUAUCAGCUAGCCAUGAAGUAAUAAUGUCUCCUAAUGCUCUCCGGACACUGAUAUGACAGCUGCCGUUAGCUGACAGUGUAUUCAAGGCACGACAGGUAAGGGAGUCGUGGGCCAUAUGUGAUCAGCUAUGUGUAAGUGUUCACAAUCAUCUCCCUCAUCCCAAAAACCUCACGUGUAAUCCCCCUCCAAAUCAUUAAGGGGGAUCUUUGAGAAUGAAGAAGAUCAGUCUGAAAACAAUUAAAAAGUCAUUUAACAUUAAAGGCAAAGAAGAGAAUGAAUUUGCCGUAUCACAGCCAGACUUGGCGGCCAGUUUCUCUGCUGAAGACUCUCUGUUUGGAGGAUGCUACAGCAAAGAUCUCGUCAGUAGCGACCUGGAUAAUGAGGAAGAAAAAAGAUCCAAAGUCAGAUCUAAGAGUGAGGGUCUCAUGGGCACCUUGAAAAGGAGACUAUCAGCGAAACAAAAACCAAAGGUCAAGGGUGGUUCUCCAUCUGUUUGCUCUAUAGAUGAUGACACCUUUUCCUCCUCUUCGGCACCCAUUACUCUAAGUGACUUAAAAUCCCAGCAUUCCUCCCGCUCAGCAUCCAUCCAUAGUCAUCAUUACAGUCCCACGCCGUGGCCUCUCAGACCAGUGAACUCGGAGGAGACAUGCGUCAAAAUGGAUGUUAAGGCAUUAAUGAACUCCUCAGAUCCUAGUCCGGCUCUCAACAGUGUGCACCAAGACUUCCUAGACCUCCAGAGAGAGUUCAAAGAAUCUAGCGAUUCAUUGAGAAUCACCAGACGUGUGCCAGACCACCAUUCUGGUGCUCACAAUGCUGAUUUGCACCUUGAAAUGGAUGAACACAUGCCUGUAGUCAUUGGUCUUGCAGCUCAGGAUUAUAUUCAGUACACAAUGCCUUUAGAUGAUGGACUCUUUCCUGACAAUGAAGGUUCGCGCUCUUUUUGCUUAGACGGCACCACACCCAUGGACGUCAUUCCACAGUCAGAGGGAUGCAGAUCUCUUCAUGCAGACGAGGAACCUAUUGACCAAGACCUCCUGUCUCCAGACAUCUUUAUGGAGUCGUCAUCGGUGAACCAGCUCUUUUUAAACACUGCAAAUGUCUUGCUGCAGGGCUCAAGACUCGAAGCCCCACUUUCCCCCUUGCUACCUCCUUUGCCCAAUAGUUAUCUCCAGAGAAGCUUCUCUGGGUUUGGUGGUACACAUGCUCAUGUUGCAGAGAGCGUCAUGCACCAUCUCAACUUUGACCCCAACUCUGCUCCGGGGGUGCAGCGGGUCUAUGAUGCCGUGCAGAACAACGGACCCAUGGUGGUUACUAGUCUCACGGCUGAACUGAAGAAACUAGCCAAGCAGGGUUGGUAUUGGGGUCCCAUUACAAGAUGGGAGGCCGAAGAAAAGCUGACGAAUCUUCCAGAUGGUUCUUUUUUAGUUCGCGACAGCUCUGAUGAUCGAUAUCUUCUAAGUUUGAGCUUUCGCUCACAGGGUAAGACUCUGCACACUCGAAUCGAGCAUUCUAAUGGCAGUUUCAGCUUCUACGAGCAACCAGACAUUGAAGGCCACAUAUCAAUUGUGGAUCUCAUUGAUAAUUCGGUCAAGGAUUCAGAGAAUGGAGCAUUCUGCUAUUCCAGAUCUCGCUUACCGGGGUCCGUCACCUACCCCGUCAGACUGACCAAUCCCGUUUCAAGGUUUAUGCAAGUGCGCUCACUGCAGUACUUGUGCCGCUUUGUUAUCCGCCAGUACACACGGAUAGAUCUGAUCCAGAAAUUGCCUUUACCAAACAAAAUGAAAGAUUACCUGCAGGAGAAGCACUACUGAAAGCAGUAAAUCAUGACUUGGUUGCUACUUGCACUUUUUGGAUGACACAACGAAACCGGUUUCACAGACAUUUCAAGAGUUUUGUUACCAUUCGAUUUAGCAAUUUUUUGAAAGGAAUGAUGAUGUUUGUUGGUCUGGUAGAGUAGAUAGUUCAGUGGUUUGUGUAGAGACACAGUGCCAGAAUGUCGUUAGAGCGUUUGGGUCUCAAUGUUGGAGCAUUUUUCGCAUGUUCUCUUAGUACUGUAGCAUUUCCUUUUUGUUGAAGUCAAAGACAGUCCAGAAUUUUUCUUCAUAAUCCCACACUAUGAAAUAUCAGCACACAACUCAGAGCUCCAUCUUAUUUUAGGGCAUUUCGACGAUCUUGGCAAGAAUGCACAGAGGUAUAGAAGCCUUAAUAAUGACUGCAUGUUUGUGAAUGCAUAGAUUACAUUCCUUCUCAUCCCCUUUUUUUGAGUGCAUACCUUCUUUCCUUACCAGUCAUUAUGUCAUCAUCUUAUUCAAAGGGAAAAUAUACUUUACGAUAUUCCAAAUGAUGUCCUCUCCCCAUACACAUGAAUCUUACCCUUCUGUGGAGUUAAUCUAAUAAGCUAUAUUAGCUGCUCAUAUUUGUCAGACCGUAUUCACAUCCCCUUUUUUGUUUGCAUUCUUUAGCACGUAAUGCCAAGUUUAGGUGCCUCACUGAAACUCGUCUUUGCUGUACUUAAUUGAUUUUAGACUGUAUGAUUUGUUCUUUAUAACGGUCAUCUUUUAACUGGCAUGCAGUUACAUUAUAAAUGCAUCUGGUCUUUUCGCCCCUGCAUUGUUUAAGUGUUCAUUAGUAUUGUAUAGCAUUGUUUAAAAACUGAAAGGUUUCCUGUUAUGAAUGGUACAGUUUCAAAUCAUCUCUAUUUGGGAACAGAAUUUGCUUACUGAUAUGUUGUAACUUGAACUUGUUCUUCAGUUCAAAAUAAACAUUUUAUAUGCUUAAUCUCUCUGUUCAUUCUAAUGUAAAAUGUCAAAUUUAAGAUUCCAUUUAUGGUAGUGAAUACCUUUUAACAGACACAGAGCUGGACAAUGCUGGAAUUGUUUAUUAUUUUUAUUACAGAUUUUAGCUCUAUAAACAGAUUUUGUUUAUCUUACAACUUUGUCAUUGUUGUUUUAUUUUUAUAUGCAUUGCUUAAUGUUGUAUUUGAGCUUUUACCUGGAGAGUUGCACCCUUUCAUUAAUGAGUUGCAAACAUAGACUGUAUAAAAACAUGGACGUAGUGACCGUGUUGUCACCCGUAGGUUUCUGAAGAGCCUUUUUGAAGCCUCAAGAGGGCAGAGGUGGCCGUUGCCAUCUUGGCAGCACGUCACUCCCGGAUAAUCCAAAAAUGGUCGACGGUGGGCGACAGCAGCAGCAAUCCACCAGUCACUCAAGUGGCCAUCCCCUUAAUUAUGCAAAACUCUAAGGCUUAAUAUGAUUGAAACAGAUUAGUUUACCACUUUUUGUACCAGGUUGUAAACAUGAGAUUUGGCCUUUGCACUUAGUGGUUUUAGAUUGAUGAUCAGUUGUGAUGCUCCUUGUUUUUCAGCUGAGAACUUUCUUGAUUGCUGGCUCGGUACAGCAUUGCUGUUAUUUUAAUGUUUCUUUGCUUGAAUUAAUGGUUUUGGAAAUAACAAGUGGGCAGAGUGUAGGCUUUAAUAUUGGUUGCCAAAGAGUCUUGGUGCCAUUUGUGUGUUUUUUUCCCAUUCAGCACACAUGCACAUUAUUAAGACUGUAUUAACCUUCUCAUUUACACACACACAUAUAUAAUAUUAAAUAUAUAUAUAUUACUAAGCAAUUUGAGCCAGGAUGAUUACUUUUUUAUAUUUUGAAGUUUCAUUUGUAACUGCUGAGUAAAUAAAGGACACCACAGGGCCUACAACUCCCUUACAACAACUUUCUGGCUGAAUUCAUAUGCUUUCUGCAAACACAUCGUCACAUUCCAUCAAAAAGGACAUGCUGAGCACUCUUAUAUCCAACAUAAAUUGCUUAAGCAGUUCUGUAAGACUCCAGAGAUGUUUUUUUGUUGUUUUAAACCGU